AUGAAAUUCGCGAAUUUAACACCUGACGAGUUCAAUUCUCUUCUUGCGCAAUCUCAUUCUGUCAUUUCAGCACGUGAAUUGUAUGCCUGCACUCGAAAUGCAAAUGUUUCAAUAAACAACCUACAAGAUGCCGUUUCAACACUUAAAUCAGUUCAAAAGUACAUGAAGAUGCGAGUUUUCGAAGGAAUUAUUGUCUUUUUAGAACAAUUGCAAAAGGAUCAAUCCAUUACAGCACAUAAAAUCGAAAAACUUCAAGCAGAUUUAAUUCGGAUCCAAAAAGAAAAAGAAAACGUUGAGAAAGAGAUGCAAACUCUUCACUCUCAACUCAAAGCGAAAGAAGGAUACGAUUUACCAAAAGAAUUUCUUUCGAAAAUUUCGAAACUUAAAAAUUCUGAAGAUUUCAAUCAAAUCUACAAAUUCUUUGAAGAAAUUUCAGAAAAAGGAAAUCAAAAAAUGAUGCAAAAAGCAUGUGAAGAAGAACUUUGGAAAAAACAAAAUGAUGACUUUUGUGGUACAAAUGUACUUCAUUAUGCAUCUUUAGAAGGAAAUCUGAGACUUGUUAAAUCUCUCAUUGAAUGUGGCUGUGACAAAGAUUUCAACAGUAAAAAUGGUGGUACAGCUCUAUUCUGGGCAUCAAUUUAUGGUUAUCUUGAAAUUAUUCAAUAUCUUAUCUCAGUUGGAGCUAAUAAAGAAGCAAAGGGUAGUAAAGGAUUUACUCCACUCAUUCUUGCAUCAAUAGGUGGUAAACUUGACGUUGUUAAAUAUCUUAUCUCAGUUGGAGCUAAUAAAGAAGCAAAGGAUAAUUCUGGAUCUACUCCACUCAUUAAAGCAUCAGCUAAUGGUCAACUUGACGUUGUUAAAUAUCUUAUCUCAGUUGGAGCUAAUAAAGAAGCAAAGGAUAAUUCUGGAGAUACUCCACUCAUUUUUGCAUCAUGUUAUGGUCAUUUUGAAGUUGUUAAAUAUCUUAUCUCAGUUGGAGCUAAUAAAGAAGCAAAGAAUAAUGAAGGAAAAACAGCACUUGAUUGUUCGAAAGGAGCAGUAAGAGAAUAUUUAUUAUCAAUUGCAAGAAAAUAA